GCUCAACUUAUUAUUCUAUCCGUUCUAUUUUACAUGUCCUAAUUUUCUCUUUGGAUUGCGUCAAUAUAAGUAUUACAUUUCCUGGUUUGGAAAGAAAACAAAUGAGUCAAAUUUCAACCGUAACUUCCGUUAGAGUGUGACAGGUAAAGUGGGAGGAGGUACUGCUCUAUUUUUUUUAAUUAAUGCCGCCAUGAAUAAAAGUAAACGUUGAACAGUGGCCGCAGGCGGGGACAGAGAGGCGGCUAGAGUCAAACUCUUGUUUCUACACCUACCACAGCCUCGGAACACCUACCUCUCAGAGAGACGCCUAUUUUAAUUUGGCUCCAGACCGGACUUUUAACUCUUCGCUUCAGCUUCAAGGGAAUCGCUCUCCAGCCUGCAACCACGCAGAGACACCCCGCCUCUAGCCUCCAGGACCACGACCGCACCGCCCAUCCGCAGUCCGCACGACGCCCUGCCCUACCAGUAAGGCAGUCCACUGAUCCGCACUAACCGUCUCUCAAGUUGGGAAUAAAGCACACCUUAUGCUGAUGGCGUCUCAUUCUCUGCAUCUAUACCUGUCCUCUUCAUCAUCACCUAAAGUUGAUUACAGGCUCACUUCCACUCUCUCAGAUUUUAAGAGCUUCGGAUCACAACUCUCUUUUUCCUCCCAGAUCCGCUCUCUUACCCUAAGGUCAUUGCAUCCAAUGAAUCAUUUGUUAUCAAGCAGAGUAAAUUUGGCUGCCAUAGCUUGCAGCAGUGUGGAGGUUGAUAUCUCUCUGAGUCCAAGAGUGAAUUCGGUGAAGCCCUCAAAAACUGUGGCUAUAACUGAUCAAGCAACUGCUCUAGUUCAAGCUGGAGUGCCUGUUAUUAGAUUGGCUGCUGGGGAACCUGAUUUUGAUACUCCUGCUUCUAUAGCUGAGGCUGGUAUUAAUGCGAUUCGUGAUGGAUACACUAGGUAUACACCAAAUGCAGGAACUUCUGAACUUCGUUCUGCUAUUUGUCAUAAGUUAAAGGAGGAGAAUGGGCUAUCUUUUACCCCUGAUCAGAUUUUGGUAAGCAACGGGGCUAAACAAAGUAUUAUUCAGGCAGUCUUGGCAAUAUGUUCUCCAGGAGAUGAGGUUAUCAUUCCAGCACCGUACUGGGUUAGUUACCCGGAAAUGGCAAGGUUGGCUGAUGCUAACCCUGUGAUCAUUCCUACCAAGAUAUCCGACAAUUUCAUAAUGGAUCCGAAGCUUCUGGAGUCUAAGCUGACUGAGAAGUCAAGGCUAUUGAUUCUUUGCUCUCCAUCCAACCCAACUGGAUCUGUCUAUCCAAGGGAAGUGCUCGAAGACAUUGCUGCUAUUGUAGCAAGACAUCCAAGGCUGUUGGUGCUUUCUGAUGAAAUUUAUGAGCAUAUUAUUUAUUCACCAGCAACUCAUACAAGCUUUGCAUCUUUGCCAGGAAUGUAUGAGAGGACUCUCACCGUAAAUGGAUUUUCUAAGGCCUUUGCAAUGACUGGUUGGAGACUGGGUUAUCUUGCUGGCCCUAAACAUUUUGUUGCUGCGUGCAAUAAGAUCCAGAGCCAGUCCACUUCCGGUGCCAGCAGUGUUUCACAAAAGGCUGGUCUUGCUGCCUUGGGGCUGGGCUAUGCUGGUGGAGGAGAAGUUGCAGCUAUGGUAAAAGCUUUCCGUGAACGACGCGAUUUUCUUGUUACAAGCUUUCGGGAAAUAGAUGGUGUUAAGAUUUCAGAACCUCAGGGAGCCUUCUAUCUGUUUAUUGACUUGAGCAGUUACUAUGGAAGAGAAGUUGCUGGAUUUGGUGUCAUUAAGGACUCAGAAUCCUUAUGUCGGUAUCUAUUGGAUAAAGCUCAAGUUGCUCUUGUACCGGGUGAUGCCUUUGGGGACGACACCUGUAUCCGAAUCUCCUACGCAGCGUCACUGUCCACAUUACAGUCAGCAGUUGAAAAUAUCCGGAAGGCAUUGCUCUGCCUCAGACCUGCCUAAUUCACUUCCAUUUUUCUCAACAUAACCCCAUUUGUAUUUUACUAGUAUUUCUACAAUUCUACCUGUGCGCUAAGUGUUUUAACUAUAUUAUUGUAUGCAGUACACUUGUAUUAAAAAGAAUUGUGACGUUAAAUAAGCAUAAAUCUAUCUAAUUUACUAUGUUGGCUGAGUGGGAAUAUGGUAAAGACAGUUUAUAUAUUGCUUUUAUGAAAUGUUGUUCAAAUAAAGAGUGCUUAAUGUGAGGAAUGUGAAAUCUUCAAUUUUCUUAUGCUAC